AAGAUAGCAGUCUGCAACCCAGCCUCAUAGCCUUCUGCUUCCAGGAUUCCAAGAGGAAAGACCAUUUCUACUCCUGUUCUAAAUUGAGAAGUUGAUUUCAAGUAGCUGUUGUUUCCAGAGAAAGGAGGCUACUAUGAUUUGUCUGGUUUAGAGCUCAUGCCAACCCCAGUGGCCAGGAGAGUAUAAGGAUAUACCAAAGAAGAGUCAAUUGCAUCUGCAGACAUGGAUUUCAACCAGUUGGAGGCAUUCUUGACUGCUCAAACCAAAAAGCAAGGUGGGAUCACAUGUGACCAAGCUGCUGUCAUUUCCAAAUUCUGGAAGAGCCAUAAGACAAAAAUUCGAGAGAGCCUCAUGAACCAGAGCCGUUGGGACAGUGGGCUUCGAGGUCUGAGUUGGAGAGUUGAUGGCAAAUCGCAGUCAAGGCAUUCAGCUCAAAUACAUACCCCUGUUGCGAUAAUGGAGCUGGAAAUAGGAAAAAGUGGACAGGAAUCUGAAUUUCUGUGUUUGGAAUUUGAUGAAGUCAAGGUCAAUCAAGUCCUAAAGAAGCUGUCAGAGGUAGAAGAAAGUAUCAGCACACUGAUGCAGCCAGCCUAGCUGAAGAUGGAGUUGUUGAAGCAAAGGUGUUCAUGAUCCCUCCCCAGUGAGCUGGGGUGUUUUGUUGUUGUUUUGUCAUUGUUUUUUAAAAUCUUAUUCCCCCAUUAGUAUUAAAUCCUCAAAUUCAAA